UCUUCUUCUUCUUCUGCAAACUGGGAAGGCCGUCCGAUUUGUGGAACGCAGGGAAGCGUCUCGACACUGCCUCCGCCACCGGUAUCUCUACUUUCUUCUUCGGAUUCAACUUCUUUCUUGCGAGCCCCUAAUUUUCACGCCAGAUUUCGGUCCCAUAUCUCAAGCAAUGGGAUGAAUAGGAACAACUAGGUUAAUCUUCCUUUUAAGUAUCCUUCUAAUUUGUUUCAUUUUGUCUUUCUUUCUCAGAGAAAGCAGAUUUGUUGUUGUCUAAGGUACUUUUCAACUCGUUAUUUACUAAGCAAUUUUUAGAAGUCCCAUCAGGGAAAGCAGGUUUGCCUGUUAGCAAGGUAAGGUGGCUCAGGUUGAUUGCACAUAUAGCUUAAUAUGGACCCCUCUAUUAUGAAGCUUCUGGAGGAUGACGAGGAUGAAACAAUGCAUUCAGGUGCAGCUGUGGAGGCUUUUCAGGCUGCCUUGAAUAGAGACAUAGAAGGUGAUGUUCCGGCUCCUUCCCAGACUUCUGAAUCAGAUGCAGCCUUCCCUCGAGGGAGCAAUAGUAUUUCUGGCCUCUCGCUGCAAGCUUCUAGUCAAAAUGAAAAUACUGAGUCUCAUGUGCAACAAGAUCAAAAUUUCCUUCUGAAGCAAGAACAACAUUCGUCUCUGAUGGAACUAGAGCGAUGCACAUCAGCACCUGAAAAUCAGCAGAAACAUAAUGCUCCCCUGCUCCAAUCUUCAAAGAACCAACCCCAAGCAGAUCAUGAACAAGGGGAGGUGGAACAAGUUCCUGUUCAGUUUUCUCAAACAGCUGGGCUGCAAGGUUCAGAGAAAGCUCCAAUCCUUGUGAAUGAUUCAAGCAGAAUGCCAAACCGGGACAAUGAAUCUCAGUACUUGAAGCUACAAAAGAUGAGUAAUCAGCAGGCAAUGGUCUCAGAGCAGGCAAGCAACUCAGUGAAUCGUAGUAAACAGGUGCCAUUUGCAUCAUUGAUGCCUGUGUUGAUGCCUCAGCUCGAUAAAGACAGAGCCAUGCAGCUUCAGACUUUAUUCAACAAAUUGAAGAGAAAUGAAAUGAACAAAGAUGAUUUUAUCCGGCUCAUGAGGGGUGUUGUUGGGGAUCAGAUGCUCAGAUUAGCAGUUUGUCAAGUGCAAUCACAGCCUCCACCUUCAGUAAGGCAACUUUCUCCUAGAAUGCCAUCUAUGGGUCCUGGUGCAUCAAAUUUCUCUGAUCCACGGCCAUUUGCACAACUUCAUCAGAAAGGCAUGAAUUCUCCUGGAGUUCAAUCAUACAUCCCCUCUCCGGCAUCCCAAGGGCGGGGUAGUUCAGGCUAUCCUGUGAUGGACAAGAAUAUGCAAUCUUUACGAGAAGUAGAACAGCGAACUGAUGGUAAUGGAAAUCAGUUGACUUCUUCUAGUACAGGCACCAUUCAGGAAAGGGAACGCUCCUCAGUUCCUGUACCAGGACUUGAGAAGCAGCAGCUACACUUCCAGCAGAAAUCUUUUGCCAUGUAUGGAACCAGUGGUAGUUAUCACCAGUAUACGGGGUCAAACAUAAAUGCCUCUUCAUUGUCUCUUAAACCCCAACCUCAUGAGGGUCAAGUGAAGCAAAUUUCCCAGCAGGCUCCAAAUUUUGACAGGCAAGUUACUAUAAAUGAUUCCAAGCGAGUGCAGGGUGGAAAUGUUCCACAUUUGCAUAACAACUUAACUUCACAGCAAAAUCCAGUUUCCUGGAAAUCCACGACUAGUAAAGAGCAGAACACAGGCCCUUUGUCAUCAAUGAGUUACAUUAAACAAGAACCUUCUGAUCAGGUUGCUGAGCAGAACAAAACCCAACUUUCAAAUUUGCAGGGACUAUCUUCUAUUUCUAGCGUGCAGGCCGAACAAGUUAACACAACACCAGGAAUUUCCAAGGACUCUUUUGAAAAACAAUCUUCUAAAAUGGGUUUUCCUACAUCCAACAAUGUUAUACCUCCAACAUCUACCAACGUGGCAAAUUCAAUUUCGUCUGAUGCAGUUUCUGUACAUGACUCUAGUGCUAUGUUAGGCUCUCAGGUUCCUUCUGCAACUACUCCUGGAUUGCAAAAUAGGACACUUCAAAAAAAGGCUACCGUUGGCCAGAAGAAGCCCCUUGAAGCACUUGGUUCUUCACCACCCUUAUCAAGUAAGAAGCAAAAAGUAUCUGGGGCAUUUUCAGAUCAAAGCAUUGAACAACUUAACGAUGUUACUGCAGUUAGUGGAGUUAAUAUUCGGGAAGAAGAAGAGCAGCUAUUUUCUAGUGCGAAGGAGGAUAGUCGAGCUUCAGAAGCAUCGCGAAGGGUUGUACAAGAAGAAGAAGAGAGGCUGAUAUUGCAGAAAGCUCCAUUACAGAAAAAGCUAGUGGAAAUCAUGGCUAAAUGUGGUUUGAAGGGUAUGAGCAAUGACGUUGAGAAAUGCCUCUCAUUGUGUGUGGAGGAAAGGUUACGUGGGAUUAUAAGUAAUCUAAUCAGGCUGUCAAAGCAGCGAGUGGACUCUGAGAAACCAAGGCACCGAACACUUAUUACCUCAGAUGUUCGACAACAAAUCACAUUAGUUAACCAGAAGGCCAGAGAAGAAUGGGAAAAGAAACAAGCUGAAGAAGAAAAACUUCGAAAGCUUAAUGAUCCUGAGGAUGGUUCUGGGGUUGCUGGGGACAAGGAGAAAGAUGAAAGUCGGCUGAAAUCAGUUAAGGUAAACAAAGAGGAGGACGAUAAAAUGCGGACAACUGCAGCAAAUGUUGCUGCCCGUGCUGCUGUUGGAGGAGAUGACAUGCUAUCGAAAUGGCAACUUAUGGCUGAACAGGCACGGCAGAAACGUGAAGGGGGAAUCGAUUCAGCUUCUGGUUCUCAGUCAGGGAAAGAUGCUGCCCGUAAGUCUUCAUCAGCCGCAGGAAGACAUGGGAAGGACAACCAAGAGGCUGAUAGGAAAGGAACGAGCAGGAAAUUUGGAAGGAACCAACUAAGUUCAACUCAAACUAGGGUGGCUCGUAGUAUUUCGGUCAAAGAUGUCAUUGCUGUGCUGCAAAGAGAGCCCCAGAUGUCCCGAUCCACCACGAUAUACCGUUUGUACAACAGAAUUCAUUCUGAAGCCACGGGCGAAUAGAAUCGACAAGAAUGAUGGAAACUAAAACCCAUCCCUCCAGAUGUGCGUUUGGGCGGGUUUUAUCUCUCUAUCUGAACUGUAGGUAUGGUAUGCAUAUAUGAUAAACUGCAUAGCUUUGGAAAUAUAACUGCUGCUUAAGUUGGUAGGGUAGCUGUUAGAACAAUCAAAAAGGUUUUUCUCAAGACCUUGUGCAAAUUAAAGAGAUUCUCCUCCAGACUUUGUGCACAUCUUCUUCCAGAGGUUAGAAGAAAAAAAAUCUCUUGGAAAAACAUUAUUAAGGCUCUUUUUGGGAACUGUAGUUAGAAAGAAAUAGAAGUUUUAUAGAAUAGUGCUGGUUGAUGAUUAUAGUGUAAGCCUCAAAAUGAAAUUUUCUUUGUGUACCAAAUUUGUAAUUACUCUCUUUUUGUAAUUAGGGCCUAUUGGAGUGCUAUUAUGUGAGCUCCUAGGCCUUUUCCUCUUAUAUUCCUUCAUUUUUAAUGGAAGAUGGAAAUUCCACAUGA